AUGGCGAAACCCAAGGUCUGUCGGUUUGACCUCGAUGAGAGCAAAAUUAGAGCGGAAUCUUCAUUCGAUUAUGAAACCGGUGAACUUUGUUUGAGAUGCCUGAAUGGAAUGGUGAACAACUUCAAUGAAACAAUCUUACGUGCGAUGAGGUGUAACAUGGAUAUCAAAUUCAUCGGAUCCGGUGCGUCUGCAAAGGCUGUCCUAUAUUAUAUCACUGAUUAUAUCACCAAAUCACAACUUAAGACUCACAUCGCUUAUGCUGCUCUAGAGCUCUCUGUUAAAAAGUUGGGAGAAUACAAUCCCAACGAGGAUGAAAUCACUAACUCUCUGGGCAGCAGGUCACCUCUUACCUAA